AUGACUAUUCUUCGGACUUGUACCGCACUUGCAUGCGUUGCUGCUGCCGCUUCGGCUAGACAACUUCCUAUUGUUGUAGACGACUAUGUUCCUGCAGUUCCAGUCAAGGCUCCGGCUUCUUACAAUGGCACCAAUGGAACUACCAUCGAUACCAAGAAGCUUCAGGCGGAUAUCGACAUCAACAAGUUGUUUGCACGCGCCGAAGAACUGGCAAAGAUUGCCGAUCUCGGCAUCCCGGAGUAUAACCACCCCACCAGAGUCAUUGGCAGUAAAGGCCACGUUGGAACCGUCGACUACAUUUACUCGGAGAUCAACAAGCUCGGCGAUUACUACAACAUCUCCAACCAGACUUUCCCGGCUGUCACAGGUAGUGUCUCUGAGUCACGCCUGGUCAUCGGUUAUGAUGUCCCUAAGUCAGCAUCACCCAUGAGUUUGACUCCUGCAACAAAGCAACACGAGCCUGUCUACGGUCAACUUCUGCUCGUUCCCAAUGGAGGAUGCUCGGCCAGCGACUUCCCCGUCAACAUGACUGGUGCUAUCGCAUUCAUCAAGCGUGGUACUUGUUCAUUCGGCGACAAGUCAGCCAAUGCUGGCAGAGCCGGUGCUGAUGCCGCCGUCAUCUUCAAUAACGUUGCUGGUGAGCUUUCUGGUACGCUCGGCACUCCUUCUCCCGACCACGUUGCCACCUUCGGAAUCUCCCUCGAGGAGGCCACACCCUACGUCGACAUGUUGCAUAACGGCACUAAGAUUGACUCGAUUGUCUACAUUGAUGCCCUCGUCGAGGAGAUCAUGACCACCAACAUCAUUGCUCAGACUACUGCCGGUGACCCAGAGAACUGCGUCAUGCUCGGCGGCCACAGCGACAGUGUUGCAGCCGGCCCUGGUAUCAAUGACGAUGGCUCUGGCACCAUCUCCCUUAUUGAAGUCGCUACUCAACUCACCAAGUACGAGGUCAACAACUGUGUUCGCUUUGCCUGGUGGGCUGGAGAAGAAGAAGGUCUUCUCGGAUCAUACUACUACUCCCAGAAUCUUUCGCCAGCCGAAAACCAGAAAAUCCGUCUCUUCAUGGACUACGACAUGAUGUCCUCUGUCAACUUUGCGUACCAGAUCUACAAUGCCACAAAUGAGGAUAACCCCCUCGGGUCUGGCGAACUUCGCAUUCUCUACGAAGACUGGUACAAGGAGCAAGGCCUCAACUACACUUACAUCGAUUUCGACGGCAGAAGUGAUUAUGCAGGUUUCCUCGACGCAGGCAUUCCCAGCGGUGGUAUUGCUACUGGUGCCGAGGGUAUCAAGACUGCAGAGGAAGCAAGAAUUUUCGGUGGUGAAGCCGGUGCUUGGUAUGAUCCUUGCUACCACCAGCUUUGUGACGAUAUCCACAAUCUCAAUGCUACUGCUUGGGAGGUCAACACUAAGCUCAUUGCUCACUCAGUCGCUACUUAUGCAAAGUCAUUUGAUGGGUUCCCCAAGCGUGUUGCUGGUGUUGAGGAGAGAGGGUUGAAGAGAAGAGAGAAGAAGACUCCCAUGUUCAAGUACAAGGGCAAUGACCUUGUUAUGUAA